UGGCGCCACAUAGCCCAAGAUGAGCCACAAAGCCGUCUCCUCAUCUCCACCACCAAGGUCGGAAGGAGAAGAAGGGAGGAGCCCAGCUGCCAAGCAGAGAGCACUAGCGCGAGCUCAUAGCCAUGGCGCACCAGGUCGCCGCCAACCAGCCGCCGCUGCUCUCCUCCCCCGCCCGCCACCCACGAACCGGCAGCGGCAGCAGCAAUGCGAAGCUCCUCCUCCUCCAGCCACCGUUUCUUGGCCGGAGCCUGAGGCUACGUGGCGCGCGGAUGCCCGUCGCGAGAGCGUCGUCGGCGCAGGCGGAGCCCAAGUCGGAGGGCGGGGAGGGGGGAGGCGAGGCAGAGGAGGAGGACCGCCCGUACGAGGAGUACGAGGUGACGAUCGUGAAGCCGUACGGGCUCAAGUUCGCCAAGGGCCGCAACGGUGGCACCUACGUCGAGGCCAUCUUCCCCGGCGCCGCCGCCGAGAAGACCGGCCAGUUCACCGUCGGCGACAAGGUGCUCGCCACCAGCGCCGUCUUCGGAGAGGAGAUCUGGCCGGCGGCAGGGUACGGCCAGACCAUGUACUGCAUCCGCCAGAGAGUCGGCCCUCUCUACAUGAAGAUGGAAAGAAGAUUUGGUAAGUGGGACGGUGCUGGUGAGCUCACCGAGAAGGAGAUCAUAAGAGCUGAGAGGAACUCUGGAGUGAUCAGCAACAGGGUGAGGGAGAUCCAGUUACAAAAUUACCAAAGGAAGAUGGAGCAGAAGAUGCAGAGGGAAGAGGAUCUUCGCAUGGGACUCAGGCUGUACAAGGAUGGGAAAUAUGAGGAGGCACUGGAAAAGUUCGAGUCGGUUUUGGGAUCGAAACCGGAGAGCAAUGAGGCUUCCAUAGCCAGCUACAAUGUUGCCUGUAGCUAUUCGAAACUCGACAGGGUACAAGCUGGCCUUUCUGCACUGGAAGACGCCCUAAAAGCAGGCUAUGAAGAUUUCAAGAGGAUUCGCACCGACACGGAUCUCGAAAACUUGAGGAAAGCAGAGGAAUUCGAACCCCUGCUGAAGAACUACGACGAGUCGUUCAUCAACGAGAACGCCAUCAAUGCCAUCAAAUCCUUGUUCGGAUUCGGUAAGAAGUGAGCAAUUGAAACAUGGUGGUAGCAGUAGCAGACAAUCCUCUUUUCUCUGGUCCUGCAGUUCGCAUACCGCAGAUGCCUACUGGGCUAAGCACACGGCCAAGCAGUUCAGUUCUCCUCUGUGUGAUCAGUUUGCAGUUCACACCUGUAGUUUAGUUAUUCUUGGUGAGACAUGAGGAUUAUCUCCAGGAGAGGUUUUCAGUACACCUUGUAGUUAACCAUUUGAUGGAGAAAUACUAUGUACGUCCAAAUGACAAAUCUGGGUAUGUAAAGGAUAUAUUCCAUA